AAAUCCGGCAUUGUAAAUUCUCACGUAUUAUAUGGACGUACUUUAACACAUUGAGUAUAAAAUCGUACUUGGAACACAUAUUUGAACCUAUUAAAUAGAAAUAUAUAGCAUUUUUCUCGCAACAGGAACUUUGUGAUUCCAGAAAUGUUAACGUAGACAGCACUUUAAACUCGUGUAACCAGUGUAUGUGUCACAUCAAUAAUCAUGGUCAAUCAAUUGCAAGUUGCAAUUGACCAUGGGGUGGGUGGUGUAAAUAAUCUAAAUAGCCGAUAGAAUCUUUGAUGAUACCGCUUAUAAAUAUUCACUUUUAGUAUAAUGCGAAAAAUAUGCAGUCUGAAGAUGCAAGGUAUUUGAAAAGAAAAAUAAGAUCUCGUUCAAUCGAUGUCCACCCAACAGAGAAAGCCUUAGUGGUAAACUAUGAAUUGGAGGCUCUCAUCCUUGGAGACCUGGGCGAUCCAUUACUUGGUGACCGUAAGGAGUGCCAGAAGAUAAUACGUCUGAAGAGUCUGAAUGGAGAUACAAAUUGUGCAGCAUUAGCAAAAGAGGUAGUAGGAAAAUGCAGUCUUAUUCAUCCCAGUAAAAUAGACGAAGUAGAGCAGCUAAUUUACUACUUACAGAGCAGAAAGGAUGCCACGUCUGGUUCCAGUGUUCCAGCCGUGGAACAAGGUGAUUCGUCACGACCCAGUUCGUCUUGUUUGGGUACAGACAGCCCAACUUCUGCUGCUGUUGCAGCUGAGAAGGCCAGUAUUAACAAUAUCGAAGGCUACGUGGAACUUCUUUACGAAGACAUUCCUGAGAAAGUGGCUGGCUCAGCUCUGAUCCUGCAGCUGGCCAGGAAUCCAGAUAACCUUGAAGAAUUAGGAAGUAAUGAUGCUGUAUUGAGUGCCUUGUCACGAAUUCUGCGAGAAGACUGGAAGAAGAGCAUUGAACUAAGCACAAAUAUUGUUUACAUCUUUUUUUGCUUCUCCACUUAUUCUCAGUUUCACCAUGUUAUUCUUCAGUAUAAGGUUGGGUCGCUGUGCAUGGAAGUAAUAGACUAUGAACUACGUAGGUAUGACCAAUGGAAAGAUGAUCUAGAAAUUCGUCGUCGUAAAUGUGAAAGUGGCAAUGCACCAAGUCAAGCCCAAACCCAAGUGCACGGGUCCACGACAUCUGUUGAUAUUCGCAGAAGAGUCAGUGAUGGGCUCAGUAAUCACAGUACAGAAAUUUCCUCAGAACUGCGGAGAACAGUAUCUCACAUUCCUGUAGCAGCUGGAGAUAAUCGAAGGAGGACGGUAGAUGGUGUACAUAGUCCAGGGGAAAAUUGGGAGUCAAGAAGAAGACAGCUUGAUGGUGUGUGCAAUUCAGUCACUGCUCCUAUUGAUCCAAAAGAAGAAUUGAAGAGAAUGAGAGAAGACUUUGAGAAGAUGAAACGCAAGUUCCAAAAUCUCAUCAAGAAACAAGAUCAGUUGCUUAGAGUGUCUUUUUACCUUUUGUUGAACAUUGCCGAAGAUACCCGUGUUGAGGACAAAAUGAGAAAAAAGAAUAUUACUGGAAUGCUGACUAAAACAUUAGACAGAGAAAAUGUUGAUCUUUUAAUCCUGGUUGUCACAUUUCUGAAGAAAUUGGCUCUUUUCAAAGAGAAUGUGGAUGAUAUGUCUGAUUUGAAUGUGGUAGAGAAGCUUCCAAGAAUCUUAAUGAUGAACAACUCUGAUUUGAUCCAUAUGACCUUGAAACUCUUGUUAAACCUGUCAUUCACCCUUCUUCUACGAGAGAGGAUGGUACGUGUUGGAUUCUUGCCCAAGCUUGUCAGUCUUUUAAAUGAGCAGAGACAUGAAUCAGUUGUGCUGAAGGUUCUGUAUCAUCUCAGCAUGGAUGACAGGUGUAAGUCAAUGUUCACCUACACAGACUGUGUUCCUAUGGCAAUGAAGCUGCUGCUGGAAGGUUCAGAAGAUGAGGUGAAUCUGGAACUGGUAGCACUCUGUAUCAAUCUUGCAAUCAACAAGCGCAAUGCACAGAUUAUGGUCGAGAACAACAGAUUGCGGUGUCUUAUGGCUCGAGCUUUCUGUAACCAGGACUCUUUAAUCAUGAAGAUGAUUCGCAAUAUUGCCAUGCAUGAUGGAACCAAACAGAAUUUUAUUGAGUUUGUUGGUGACAUAGCAAAGGCAAUUGUGGAUUGUCCAAAUGAAGACUUUGUGGUAGAGUGCGUAGGUGUCCUGGGCAGCAUGACUCUUCCAGACCUGGACUUCAGUCAGCUCAUGCAGCGUUUUAACCUCAUCCCGUGGAUACAGAACAUUCUUGUCCCUGGCAAAUAUGAGGAUGACCUGGUUCUGGAAGUAGUGGUUCUGCUAGGAACAGCUGCUGCAGAUGAGGGCUGUGCCAUGCUCCUUUGCAAAGCGGACAUCCUCCUGUCUCUCAUUGAGCUCUUGAAAGCCAAGCAGGAAGAUGAUGAAAUGGUUCUCCAGAUCAUAUAUGUGUUCUAUAUGAUUUCUCGACAUUCUACCACUAGAGAUUAUCUGAUUAAGGAGACUGAAGCUCCUGCAUACCUAAUUGACCUCAUGCAUGAUAAGAACACUCAGAUUCGGAAGAUCUGCAAUCGUUGCCUGGAUAUCAUAGCUGACUGGAACAAGGAAUGGGCAGACCGAAUCAAGUUGGAGAAGUUUCGUUGGCAUAACUCUCAAUGGCUUGAAAUGGUG